UUGGCGUAGGCACAAAUCUCAGAGACUUCACCAAAGGGGGAGACUAGUGCGGUGGCGUUUUGGCCUUUCCUGCUCUUUCUCUGUUUCACAGCUCAAUCUGCAUUCUCUCUCAGAUCGAUCACAACCAACAGCUGCUUCUUCAUCUUUCACAUUUCUCGGCUUCCUUUUUCUUGCAUUUCCGGCUGCUGGAUGUCAUCGUCAACUAGAGGGAAGCAUUUUAAAGCUUGGUGUGUCAGAUGAAUUAUAGUUGCUGUAUUAUGCUUGACCAGUGCCACUAUGGGCAUCUUUUUGGUGAAAUGGAGUGGACCCUGGCUUCUUUACAUUCUACUGCUUUACAUAAUAACGAAUGAAUGCAGAGCUAUCAGUCGUGAUGGUGAGGCACUUCUAAGCUUCAGGACAGCAGUUGUUAGUUCGGAUGGUAUCCUUAUUCAAUGGAGACCAGAAGAUCCCGAUCCAUGUAAUUGGAAAGGAGUGAAAUGUGAUAAGAAAACAAAGAGAGUAAUCUACUUGAGUCUUGCUGGUCACAAGUUGAGUGGAUUUGUAUCGCCUGACCUUGGGAAGCUAGAUCAGCUGAAGAUUUUAGCUCUUCAUAACAACAACUUUUAUGGGACUAUUCCUUCAGAUCUGGGGAAUUGCACGGAGUUGCAGGGAAUAUACUUGCAGGGUAAUUACUUAAGUGGAUCAAUUCCCAAUGAAUUGGGAAAGCUUUCAGACCUCAAAUAUUUAGAUAUUUCAAGUAACUCUCUCAGUGGUAGUAUUCCUGUGUCACUAGGGAAGUUGGAUAAGCUUGUCACUUUCAAUGUGUCAAACAAUUUUCUGGUUGGACCAAUACCAUCUGAUGGCAUGCUUACCAACUUACCUCAAAGCUCCUUUGAUGGAAAUCGUGGUUUGUGUGGGAAACAAAUCAGUACUAUAUGCAAAGAUGACCCUCGAGAAUCUCCACCAAAUUCCCAAUCUCCAAACUCAGAUCAAAAUCAAGGUGGAAAGAAGAAAUACUCCGGUCGGCUACUUAUUAGUGCAUCAGCAACUGUGGGUGCACUUCUUCUGGUGGCUCUCAUGUGUUUCUGGGGUUGCUUUCUUUAUAAAAAGUUUGGUAAACAUGACAGUAAAGGUCUCGCAAUGGAUGUCAGUGGAGGUGCAUCAAUUGUAAUGUUUCAUGGAGAUUUGCCAUACUCUUCUAAAGACAUAAUUAAGAAAUUAGAGACUUUGAAUGAGGAACACAUAAUUGGUUGUGGGGGCUUUGGAACAGUGUACAAGCUUGCAAUGGAUGAUGGCAAUCUAUUUGCAUUGAAAAGAAUUGUAAAGAUGAACGAGGGUUUUGAUCGUUUUUUCGAAAGGGAGCUAGAAAUUCUUGGAAGUAUAAAACACCGAUACCUAGUGAAUUUAAGGGGAUAUUGCAAUUCUCCUACAUCAAAGUUGUUAAUCUAUGAUUUCCUAUCUGGUGGAAGCCUUGAUGAAGCUCUUCACGAAAGAUCUGAGCAGCUAGACUGGGAUGCACGCUUGAAUAUCAUAAUGGGAGCAGCAAAAGGCCUGGCUUACUUGCAUCAUGAUUGCUCACCUAGGAUCAUACACCGAGACAUAAAGUCGAGCAAUAUUUUGCUUGAUGGAAAUCUUGAGGCACGAGUAUCUGACUUUGGACUUGCCAAACUGUUGGAGGAUGAAGAAUCUCACAUUACGACAAUUGUUGCUGGAACAUUUGGUUAUUUGGCUCCAGAGUAUAUGCAAAGUGGCAGAGCAACUGAGAAGACUGAUGUUUAUAGUUUUGGGGUCCUGGUGCUUGAAGUGUUGAGUGGAAAACGACCCACAGAUGCAUCAUUCAUUGAGAAGGGCCUCAACAUUGUUGGCUGGUUAAAUUUUCUGGUCACAGAGAAUAGGCAAAGAGACAUUGUUGAUCCACAAUGCGAGGGGGUGCAAGCCGAAAGCCUUGAUGCCUUGCUCUCCGUCGCCAUUCAAUGUGUUUCUUCAACUUCCGAAGAUCGACCCUCCAUGCAUAGGGUGGUCCAGGUGCUUGAAUCUGAGGUCAUGACACCAUGCCCAAGUGACUUCUACGAUUCCAGCUCUGAUUAAAAAGGCUUUAUGCAGGCAGGGCAAGUCAGAAUUUGCAUCUACAUCGGUCUCAUCUCAUGUCAGGCAUGUAAUGCAAACAGUGAAAGUGACUCAGAAUCUGCAAAGGUACAUUAUCCAUUCGAUUCGUUCAUUCUUUCUGCAGAUUAGUGGCAUUUAGAAGAAGGCCUGCACCAUCUAUUGUCUACAUGGCCAAGCAUCUUAUUCAUGACCAAUGAGAUUCUGAGUGUAAUUUGCUCGUCUUGCUCUCAUUUUGCUCGGGUGCGUUCAAACUCUUCUCUGUAUGUGGAUGGAAAAUAAUUCCACCUGUUGGAGUCAUUUAUUUAGCCUUUCUUUUUCUUUCAUUUUCUUGUAAUUCCUCUUGCCUUUUGUUCCCCAAAAUUAAGUGUAUAUGAUAUUUAUAUAAAUAGAAGGUGGUCGCUCCGAAAAUGAUUCUUGUUUAUGCCAUUUUUGUAAAAUAUGAUUUCAUGACAUUCAGUCAAGUAUUGUAGUGCCUAUGGCCUCUGUUUGUUAUGUAAUAUUAUGUUUCCCUUCUGUACAAA